CUUUGAAUUGCCCUAGCUCAUUCAGAUCAAAGAACCAUAAGCCCUCCACGCGCGAGGUGACGAUUGCUCCUAACCCUAACCUUGUCUUCACUAUGCCUCACCCCAUCCCACUUUUCAUUGUGCCUCAUGAAGAACCCCCUGAUCGUGAUGAAGAGAAUCAUAUCGAAGAACCCUAACCUCUCUUCAUUGUGCACUCCGCAAAGAACGUCGCCGGCGCGCGUGAUGCUUCUGUCGGCAAUCCCUCUUCUGGCACCCGUAACCCUCCUUUGAGUUUCUUCUCUCUUCUCUCGACACUCUCUCCCUCAAGCUCACUGUGGCUCACCUCUCUCACGGCUGGUCUCGCCGUCGACCUCUCUCUCUCCGGUUUCACGCUUCUCUCGCGGCUGUUUCGGACUUAAGCUCGUCGCAAGCUCUGUCGCUCUCUGUCACCAUCGCAAGCUCGUCUUCUUGCUUAGGCUGUCAACGCUUCCUUUGUCGUGAGUUGGUCCGUGGGUAGGGGAGUUUCAGCUUCCUUCGGCCCUGUUAUUUCUUUUUCAGUUUCAUUAUUGUUGCUGUCUUCUUGUUAAGGUUGGUAUAUUAGGAACUGGGAGGAUCAAAUUGAGUUAGAUGGAGAAGUGGUUGAAUUGAGUUACCGCGGCUUGUAGGGGUUCUAUUCCCUGGUGGCAAUUGCUGAGAGGAAGCAUAGAGAGAAGCUCAGCCAACGGUUCAUUGCUUUAUCUGCCCUUGUUCCUGCCUGUAAAAGUUUCAAAAGAAAGCAGUUAUAGUUCAGAUGACAGUGAUGAGGAAGAAGAAAAACCUUCUAAAACUCCUCAGAAAAGUGCUAAGGAUGUCGAGAUGGUUGAUGCUGACUCAGCAAAGAAAGUUUCUAAAACCCCUUCUACACCUAGUGUUGCAGCAGGUGGAUCAAAGACACUAUUUGUUGGAAACCUGUCAUUUAGUUUGCAACGAUCUGACUUUGAGGAGUUUUUCAAAGAUUGUGGAGAAGUAGUUGAUGUUCGUUUUUCUGUUGACGAUACUGGGAGGUUUAAACGCUUUAGACAUGUUGAGUUUGCUAUUGCAGAGGCAGCACAAAGUGCUCUUGAAUUGAAUGAGCAUGAGUUGUUGAAUCAUCCUGUUAGGCUUGAUUUAGCUCGUGAAAGAGUUUCAGCAAUUCCUUCCAGAAAGGUGAUCAGCGUCAAACUGGUCAAACUAUAUUCACAAGGGGUUUUGAUAAAUCUCUUGGAGAAGAGGGAGAUCUCGAGGGUGUCAGUCCCAAAAGAUUUCAAGUCUGGAGGUCCUAAAUGUUUUGCCUACAUCGACUUCAAGGAUUUUUCUAGCAUGAAGAAAGCUCUAGAACUCAAUGAAACUGAACUUGCUGUAUUUAACAGGUUAUGGUGGUUGAUGCUGAGGCAUACACCUAUGAUAAUGAGGUCAUUAAGAAAGCUGAAGCAAUGGGGAAGCCCAAAUAUCCUGAAGAAGAAGCUACCGUGGAAACUACUAGAGCCAUAAAACAUCAUCAAGAAAGCUGAAGCAAUGGGGAAGCCCGAAAAUCCUAAAGAAGAAGCUACUAUGGAAACUACUAGAGCCAUAAAAGCUUCUCAGUUGUUGCUAAAUGCCAUUGAAAUCCUGAAGAAGAAGCUGGAUGCUGUACGUCUCUUAGCACAUAGUGGAGGAUGAUGAUUAGUUUGGUGAAUUGGGUGCACAUAUAUGAGGAGGUUGAUCAAAAUUAUUGUUAGAUAGGAUGGCAAAGUUAUUGGAGUUGUAAUUCAUGUAUUAGGAAUACAUUGCGUAGUUGUUAUCACCUUGAUUUUUGAUAUUUUGUUAUACUGUUAUGUGAUUAAACAUUUUUUUUGUGUGAUAAGUUUAUGUAUGUUGGA